AUGCGCUUUACGAUCAUUGCGUCUGCGCUGCUUGCGCCUCUCGCCGUGCUGGCUGCCCCUAUGGAAGCGCAAGCCGGGUCGAACAUGCUCGUGGAGCGCCAGUCUACACCUCCCAAGCCUGCACCAUGCGUGCCCAACCCCAAGACGACCGUCGAGCAGACCAAGCAACGUGCCCAGGCAUUUGCCCAAGCCUUUAUUUACCACCCCAACAUCACCGAGGCCUUUACCUACAUCAAUUCCGGCUACAUUAACCACAACCCCUCGGUUAAGAACGGAUUCGAUAAUGCAUGGGACGUGCUUGCGCCUAUUGGGAACCAGCAGAAAAUCACGCCGCUCAAGACCGCGUUCCAGAGUCCGCAGUCCUGGCUCAACUACAAGAGCGAUUUUGGCGAGGUCGUCGACCGAUACCGAUGGGAGGAUGGCUGCAUUGCCGAGCACUGGGACCAGGGCGAGACAUUCCCGACAAACAUCAAGAACAGCGGUAAAAGUACGUAA